UCUUAUUGGACUGUAUAAAUGGGUGUAAGCUGGAUUUCAGGAGCCGCUCUGCAGACGUUUUGGCUCGGGUCCAGCAGUAAAUUUGGGGCCGAUUAUAAAUGCAUGCCCUCAUUUUCAAAGAUCCUGAGGGCAGCUUCUCUGCUCCCCUCUCCCGUUUUAUACAUGGUGAUGCUGAGAUGAUGCAACGAGAGGAGGGGGCAGGAGAUCAUCCGGCUGCUGCCAGCAGAGAGGGGCUGACAUCCGAAACCGAUGCUGCCUGCCGAGUGAAGUGAAGCGACCUGAUAGAGACCACAGAACAUCACGGAUCGGACAUGAAUCCACACAACAAACAGGACAAAUAGGCGAACCUCAGAGCCGUCAAUGUAUCGGCAUCAGAGGCCUCAGCAUGAAGAAGUCGGUCCGGCCAGUGGUGAGUAAGGUGAGCGGAGACCGAGGGAAGGCAGAGGCAGCAGCUACCACUGGAAAGUCUGCAACAAAGACUGGCUCUACUGCACCUCUGUCCAAAGUGAAAAGCAAUGAUGAUCUUUUAGCGGCUAUGGCUGGAGGGAAUCCUGCAUCAAAUAAUGCUGUCAGCAAGACCAAGAGGACGGCCUCUGUUGGCACUAAUGCUAGCAACCUAGACAGCAAGCCAAAGACCACAUCAGGAUCUACAUCUAAACGAACAACAUCUUCAAUAUCCAAGGAGACAAAUUCAUCACGAGACCGUCUCCGCACGUCCAGGACCUCAACCAAUAAGAAGCAGUCUGUUCCAGCGACUGCUGCUGGAGAUGCGGCCUCAGGGAAACGCUCCCGCAGCCAGAUCCUGGCAGAGUCUGAGGGCCGCAUGAGCAAGUCUAAAUCAGACGGUCAGAUCAGUGAUAAGGUGGCUCUGGAGACCAAAGUGAAAGACCUGUUGGGUCUCGCUAAAAGCAAAGACGUGGAGAUUAUCCACCUUCGCGGUGAGCUUCGAGACAUGAGGGCUCAGCUUGGUUUGGGAGGGAAGGAAGAACCGCCACAGGAAGGAGCAGUGGAGGAGGAGAAGCCCCAGGUUUCAGCCAUCACAGCCGCGGAUGUGGAGUCCACUCUGAUUCUCUUGCAAGAGCAGAACCAGGCCAUCAGAGAGGAACUCAACUUCCUGAAGAGUGAGAACAGGAUGCUAAAGGACCGGCUCAAUGCUCUGGGCUUCUCUCUGGAACAACGGCUGGAUGCUACUGACAAGCUGUUUAACUACGCCUCCCUGAGUCCCGACCUGGCAGCCGGCAGCGGGCAGAGUGAUGGAGGGGGAACAGGAACGCUCACCUCCUCAGUUGAAGGCUCUGCUCCUGGCUCUUUGGAGGAUCUCCUCACUGGACACCAGCAUGGAGGCUCAGCUGACAACCUUGAUAGUGAAUCGAGCGAGGUCUAUCAGGCCGUCACCUCCAGUGAUGACGCUCUGGACGCCCCGUCUGGAGCGUCGUCGUCAUCAGAAUCGGAAUGUGCACCCAGCAGGGAUCGCUCACGGCGGGGCAGCAGUGGCAAUGCCAGUGAGGUGUCAGUGGCGUGUCUGACGGAGCGCAUCCAUCAGAUGGAGGAGAACCAACACAGCACUGCAGAGGAGCUCCAGGCUACCUUACAGGAGCUGGCUGACCUGCAGCAGAUCACCCAGGAGCUGAACGGAGAGAACGAGCGUCUUGGUGAAGAAAAGGUGAUCCUCAUGGACUCUCUGUGUCAGCAGAGCGACAAGCUGGAGUUGUACGGCCGACAGAUCGAGUACCUGCGCUCUCUGCUAGAUGAACAUCACAUAUGCUACGUGCUGGAGGAGGACAUCAAGAGCGGACGCUACAUGGAGCUGGAGCAGCGCUAUUCAGACCUCAAUGAUAACGCCCGCUUUGAGAGAGAGCAGCUGCUCGGGGUUCAACAACACCUCUCCAACACCCUGAAGAUGGCCGAGCAGGACAACGCAGAGGCCCAGAAGGUGAUCGGAGCGCUGAAGGAAAGGAACCACCAGAUGGAGCGCAUCAUGGAGUCAGAGAGGCAGGGCCGAGCUGCCAUGGGGGCCGCGCUCGAAGAGUACAAGGCAGCGGUGAGCAGCGAUCAGGCUGAGCUGAGCCGCUGCAGAGCCCAGCUGGACCAGGAGAGGCAGAGGGUGGCCGAGCUGUACUCGCUUCACACUGCUGGGGACAAAAAUGACAUCUGCCAGCUGCUGGAAGGAGUCCGUCUGGGGAAGGAGGAAGCAGAGGCCAAAGCGGCAAAGUUACAGAAGGAGCUGGAACAUGCUCGCAGUGAACUCUUAAGGCUGCAGGAGACUCUUGGCAAGAUGGACAGGGAAUACAGAGACUUCCAGGAGCAGGUGCAGGAGCAGAUGGCCGAGCAGGCUCGCGUUCUGGAGAAGCAGCGUUUGGACCUGCAGGAGAAAGACACGGAGAUCGCAGACAUGAAGGAAACCAUCUUCGAGCUGGAGGAUGAGGUGGAGCAGCACCGAGCUCUAAAACUCCACGACAACCUCAUCAUCACAGACCUCGAGAACUCUGUGAAGAAGCUGCAGGACCAGAAGCAUGACAUGGAGAGAGAGAUUAAGAUUCUUCACCGCAGACUGAGGGAGGAGUCGAUGGAGUGGCGUCAGUUCCAGGCCGAUCUGCAGACAGCCGUUGUCAUCGCUAACGACAUCAAGUCAGAAGCUCAGGAGGAGAUUGGAGAUCUGCGGCGCAGGCUGCAGGAAGCUCAGGAGAAGAACGAGAAGCUGAGCAAGGAGCUGGACGAGGUCAAGAGCCGGAAGCAGGAUGAGGAGAGAGGAAGAGUGUAUAACUACAUGAACGCAGUGGAGAGGGACCUGGCUGCUCUCAGACAGGGGAUGGGUCUCAGUCGACGGUCCUCCACCUCCUCAGAACCUUCUCCCACCGUCAAAACACUCAUCAAGAGCUUCGACAGCGCCUCACAAGGUCCAGCCCCGACUGCUACAAACGGUGCCGCCGUGGCUCCAACAGCUGCAGCUGCCCCGCUGCCACGCACCCCCCUCAGCCCCAGUCCCAUGAAGACACCUCCAGCAGCUGCUGUUUCACCCAUACAGAGACACUCCAUCAGUGGAUCAGUGUCAGCAUCCAAGCCGCUUUCCUCUCUGAGCGACAAGAGGCCGAGCUAUGCAGACAUCAGCAUGCCAGCUGAGCACCUUCUCAGGGGAGCCUCUGGCAGCAGGCCUCCAUCUGCCCUCCAGAGGGUCUCCAACAUGGACGCCAGCAAGACAAUCUCAGUGUCCCGCCGCAGCAGUGAGGAGAUAAAGAGAGACAUGUCGGCUGCAGAUGGAACCUCCUCCACCUCUCUAAUGGCUUUGAGUGCUGCCUCCUCCCCGCUCUCCCUGUCCUCCUCCCCCACAGCUUCUGUCACCCCCACAGCACGCAGCCGCCUAAGGGAAGAAAGAAAGGACCCGCUGUCCGCACUGGCCAGAGAGUACGGCGGCUCAAAGAGGAAUGCUUUGCUAAAGUGGUGUCAGAAGAAGACCGAGGGUUAUCAGAACAUCGAUAUCACAAACUUUAGCAGCAGCUGGAACGAUGGACUGGCCUUCUGCGCUGUGCUCCACACCUACCUGCCUGCACAUAUCCCCUACCAGGAGCUCACCAGCCAGGAUAAGAGGAGAAACUUCACCUUAGCCUUCCAGGCCGCAGAAAGUGUGGGCAUCAAAUGCACUUUGGACAUAAAUGACAUGGUGCACACUGAGAGGCCUGACUGGCAAAGCGUCAUGACUUAUGUCACAGCCAUCUACAAGUACUUUGAGACCUGAAUUCACCAUCUCUCUCACACCCUGAUCCUGCAGCACAAUCAAGAGCCACGCUAGUCCUCCUGAGCUCUCCAUGGUCAACUGUUACCUCGCCCUCCAGCACCACAGCAACACCCAGUCACACAUGCUGCAUGACCCAGGCUCCCAGCAUUUAGCAACAGUUAUGGCAGACCAGAACCUCACUGGAACACAAACAUACAGCUAUCCUCCAUGUAGCCGUGUAGAGGGGGCUUUGUCUUAUUGUAGUCGAAGGGCUUGCCUGCACAUCUACUGUCAGUAACUGUGGUGAAAGCCUGAACUGACACAUUAUCUCUGCCUUCAGUUUUCUGAAGAAGCAGCAUGAAAAAGAAACCAAGUCUCAGUGCCUUCUACCUGGCUGAUAUACGACAUCACAGUUAACUCUUCUCCCAGGUAUCCUGCAGAUCUUACUUUCAGUGAGCUUCUUUGCAAGGGGAGUGCCAAGUUUUUCUUUCUUCUUUUGGUUGUGGAUGUUUUGUGGGAAUAAGCAGCUUCUGCAGAAUAUCAAGCUGAAAGUCAGUGGUGUUGACGAUUCAAUGAAAAGGAACUCAGAUUGAAGCAGCCUUUUUGCACCAAGUCUUCCAGAUGUUACAGUUUGAUUCAGAUAUCUCUCUUCUAAUGGAUAAAGUGCCUGUGAGUUUUGAUGCAGGAGAUGUUGGCUCCUCCUGUGGGCCGAUCGUCCUCAGAGGCGUUGUAUUUUUGAAACAGUUCGUGAAGCUGAAGAUUCAAGGAGUUGUUGCCAAAUACAUUUCAGAGCCUUUGAAAUAUUGAUUUGAGUCUCGUUGGUCAUCCGGACACACUGACGCUGCAGACAGAUACUACACCAACAUCUUAUCACCGUGUUCCUCAAGCACAGAAAUAUGCUACGUUCUGUAACACUGCUACACAUGCUGAGCGGCACUUAAACACUCUUUGUGUUAAGUUGAACUAACACUCAUUUGAUGUGUUUUGGAGUAUAACACUAAACUGUAUACUGUGAGUGAUUGCAUUUUAUAGGCCUGCUGUUGCCAUCUUGCACUUAGACUUCUUUCAUUGGGCACAUACAGAACACAUCAUCACUUCAUCUGAACCGGACGCUGAGUGAGCAGCGUUACCUGCUACAUUCUGUUCAUAUCAGAGAGCCUUAAACUUAGACAAAGAAAAAUGUUGUCUCAUAUCGGAAAACAAACGUGAUUGCGUAUUUGAAAACCAGCCGAACAAAGAGACUUUAAAAGGUCAGUGCAGCUUACCAUUAAAGGAAUAGUUCUACCUUUUGACAAAAAAAACAUAAUCACUUAUUUUUACAAAUUGAAAUGAAAAGAUUGAGACCGUAUGAAUGCUGUUGGAGGAAAGAGGAGGAAAGAGCUGAUCUGGCUCUGUCCAAAAUCAGCAGAAUCCUUCACCUGCCACUGCUACAGCUCACCACUUUAAAUGUUUCAUCUUAGUUCCUGUUUUGACACUUUGGUGUACGAAUUAAAAAUGUAAAAUGUGACAUCCUGAUAGGUGGAUGAUCUUCUGACAGAGUCAUGCAGCUGUUUUCCUGUGUUCCAAGUCUUAACUUGAAGCUCUGCAGGAUUUUCCAAACAUCUUAACAUCUAGAUCUUUGCAGGAAAGCAAAUAGAUAUUGUUUUUUCAAAUUAUUGAACUCUACCUUUACAUCAAAACAUGUUGUGAAACUAUUUAUUUUGCCCGUAUCAAUCAUAAGAAGUACUGGUAAUGAGACGGUGGAUUGUGCCAUUGACUUAUUUUGUGUGUUCUUACUGUCACAGACAUGAAACUUUAAGUAUCACAAACUGUUACUAUAGCAUUGCUUUGUAUUACUUCAUGUUGAAUUUGACAGAUUACAGUCAACUUGAUUAUGACUCUUUAUGUCCCCUUUAUUAAGCAUGUAAGGAAAAUGAAUACAUCAGUAAAGCUGAAACUUAUAAGGACACCUACAAGCUUGAAAUGAUGUCCGGUAUUUGUCAGUGAUUGUUACUUGUUGAUUUAAGUGCUGACAACAACAUAAAGGUGUGAUAUGAAGCAUUUAUUAAACUCAUAUUCUGCUUAUUGGUGCUUAAUUUAGGGGACUUAAAGUGUUACCAUGAAGUGGCGGUCCUUGUGUUCAUUGUGCCUCAACAUACCAAGUUCACUGUAUUUAUUUGCAUGGUUUCUAAUCAUCGUAGUGAGGUCAUUGCUUUAUUUGUGUGUCUGUAAUAAUAUGCAGACACUUAAUAACUGCACUGAGAUAAGCUUUUUUGUAUCCAACACUAAUUUCCUGCCUUAACCGUGUAGCCAGAGCUUCUGCGAGUGAAACUGUGACAUUUUAAUCUGCAGUUAAGUUUCUUCUCCAACAAGGUUUUUCUACAUUGUGCCUCCUGAGAGGAUAACCGUAGUGAGUGAGGGUCAUACACAGGUUUGAGGGGGACUUGGUUGAAUUCACCCGUGUGUGUCUGUUGAAGGUGGCUACACACAAUUUUUGAUUUGGGUCAAAUGAAGCUGCCAGCGUUUAGCUAUGGCAGCUUCGAGUCUAGGCUCUAGAAGCACAUCCUGCCGUGCCCUUUGCCAAGCAAGCCACAUCAGCACAAUGUGUACAGCUGCAGAGACAUUCAGUGAUUUCAAGUUAGCACAAGAGCCUGCAACAAUGACUUUUCUCCCCUUGUUUUGUACAGAGUUUGUGAGUGAGUUGAAACAUACAUGACAGCAUAGACUGUCUGUGGAUUGGGUGUGCGAUAUCAUAAUGCGGGGGAUUACCGUCAGCCAACAGUUUUAUUGUGUUCUGCCUGAUUUCUCCACUUGGCCUUGUUGUUUUAUGAUUCCUUACAGGAAUGUGUGAGAACUCCAGAAAGAUUUGAGUCCUGUCCAUCCUGACAGUGGAAUGUGUUUUGAUCACGCUUUAGUGAUCCUGGGAUGUUACGAGGUCCAGCCUUUCUGAUGUGGAGUGAUUGAUGAACACUGAGCUCAGCCUGCUGAGGCCAGACGGCUGGAGAAAACUUGGAAGCACAUUCCACCUCCAGAUGAUGGAGCCAUGAGUGACAUGUUACACUGUUUGAGACCUGAGAGGAUGCUCUUCAUCACAACAAGCAAAGCAUAUGUGACAGUGCAUUAACUCUUCUCUGGGUUCUCUUCAUUAUGCUACAUUUAUUUGACUUUUGUUUACUUGAAAUGCUCUGAGAAUUCCACUGAACCUGCUUACUUUUUUAUUUGUUUCCAUGUUGCCUUUUCACUCCAUGCCACACGUUGUUUUCAGUGCGGAGUAUGUUUUUUUUUCUUCUCAUCACACUAAAUGCAGUGCUCAAAUGGUCCCUGGGCGAAGUACAAGCUAAAUGAAAAUGUGUGUGUAUUUGUGUGAUUGUGUGUGUGCCUAAAGGGACGAAGUUACAGUAUUAAGUUCACACUACGGUGAUAAUCAGCCUGUAAAAUAAAGCUGUCUGGUUUUAUGUUGCUUUAUUUUUUCUGACUAUAGUAUUAAAGACCAUUGAAACAGC